UAUGACUGGUGUGCAGAAGAGAAGUUUCAGGCUCCGCGAAACUCUGUGAAAUAGUAGGUCGGAUGUAGAUUUCGACGCAAAAAUUGUUACGUUAUAAAGGGAAUACAUAAAUCACUUUUUUCCUUUACAGUGGAUGCCAACAAUCACAAAGGAAAUGGACCCGAAUCCAUAUGUGCAAGCUGGAGUGGCAUCGCAUUGAUUAGGCCCCCAAGGGACCCUCGCUUGUCAGUUGACAUUGUUUUUCUUUGCGGAUUACUCUGUUGUGUGGACGCUCUUGUCAAUGUAAACAAGAACGACUACAAGAAACGGAUAGCUAACCAACUAGCCAGGAAACUACGAUGGACAUCUAUCCCAGACCCAGUGCUGAGAUACAGCGCCGAAACCCCCAGCACGACUUUGAGCUGAUUCAACGCGUUGGCAGUGGGACAUACGGAGAUGUCUACAAGGCCCGGAACAUCCAGACGGGAGAGCUGGCUGCUGUGAAGAUAAUCAAACUAGAGCCAGGAGACGACUUCUCCAUCAUCCAGCAGGAGAUUUUCAUGGUGAAGGAAUGCACUCAUCAAAACAUUGUGGCCUACUUCGGCAGCUACCUCAGCCGGGAGAAGCUCUGGAUCUGCAUGGAGUACUGUGGUGGAGGAUCCUUACAGGACAUCUACAAUGUGACUGGCCCCCUCUCAGAACUUCAAAUAGCCUAUGUCUGCAGGGAGACCUUACAGGGCCUGGGCUAUCUCCACAGCAAGGGCAAGAUGCACAGAGACAUAAAGGGCGCUAAUAUUCUGCUAACAGACCACGGAGACAUCAAGCUGGCGGACUUUGGAGUGGCCGCCAAAAUAACAGCCACCAUCGCCAAGAGGAAAUCCUUCAUCGGCACGCCGUACUGGAUGGCUCCAGAGGUGGCGGCGGUGGAGAAGAACGGGGGCUACAACCAGCAGUGUGACAUCUGGGCCGUGGGCAUCACCUCCAUAGAGCUGGCAGAGCUGCAGCCUCCCAUGUUCGACCUGCACCCCAUGAGGGCUUUGUUCUUGAUGUCAAAGAGCAGUUUCCAGCCUCCCAAGUUAAAAGACAGGACUAAAUGGUCAACGACCUUCAAUAACUUUGUGAAGGUGUCCCUCACCAAGAGCCCCAAGAAGAGGCCCACAGCCGAGAAGAUGCUCACGCACAUGUUUGUGGCGCAGCAAGGGCUGUCCCGGAACCUGGCCGUGGAGCUACUGGACAAGGUCAACAACCCCGACAGCCACCCACAGUACUGCGAGCCGGAGGACGACGAUCUAGAGCUCCCCCCUGUAGCACGGCACACCAUCCGCUCCACCAAUAAGAAUGCUCGGGCAGAGAGGACUCGUUCCGAGAUCAACUCCAAUGGCACUUACACCAGAAGGACACAAAGCCCUCAAAGGCAGAAUGGGGAGGGCUCAGUCGACAAGGUGCAGUUUGAGCCCCCGCUUCGGAAGGAGACAGAGGCCCACACAGAGAUGGACGUGAGUCGGGACAGUGACUUCUCCUCUCCGUGGAGUCCAUUCACAGAGGGCGGCAUCACCCCCAGGGGUCACAUCACUCACCUGGAGGAUGCCUUUGAGGAUGUGGAGCUCAGCAACACAAUGAAGCAAGCACCCCCGCCGCUGCCACCAAAGCCGCGGCUGCACAGCUCAUCUGAUGAGAUGGGUCUGAGUGACGGCGUGCUGACGGUACGCCGCUUCCCCAACCCCGACAACGGGCCGGCCCCCACGCCGCGUCGCCAGAGCACCCCCGAGCGAGGCAGCCUAUCGGAGCACAAUGCGCCUGACCACCUCUCCGCCUCCGUCAGCAGCCCCGGCCUGCUCUCUCACACCUCCGAGCAGGCUCCUCCUCUUGUAAAAGGCAAAGAUGAGGACUCGGACCACAGUGUAAAUGGUGACAGCCCCAAGGCGCCCCCCAAUCGACCACAGAGGAAAGAGAGGAAGGACUAUCCUCAGAAAACAGUUAUCAAUGGCCUUCCACCCACACCCAAAGUCCUGAUGGGAGCUUGCUUUUCCAAAGUGUUUGAUGGCUGCCCUUUGAAAAUCAACUGUGCCACGUCAUGGAUCCACCCUGACACAAAAGAUCAGUACUUGAUCUUCGGUUCAGAGGAUGGCAUCUACACACUCAACUUGAAUGAGCUGCAUGAAGCUGCUAUGGAGCAGCUCUUCCCCCGGAGGUGCACCUGGCUCUACAUCAUCAACAACAACCUGAUGUCCCUCUCAGGGAAAACCUCUUUCCAGCUCUACUCCCACAACCUGAUUGGCCUGUUCGAGCAGCUUCGGAAGCCGGGAAUCGGAAUAGCCGCUCAGUUCCAGACACACCGCUUUCCCGACAGAAUCCUGCCCAGGCGGUUCGCCCUCACCACCAAGAUCCCCGACACCAAGGGCUGCCACAAGUGCUGUAUCGUGAGGAACCCUUAUACUGGUCACAAGUACCUGUGUGGAGCUCUACAGUCUGGGAUAGUUCUGUUGCAGUGGUACGAGCCCAUGCAGAAGUUCAUGCUUAU